UUUCAGACUAGAGAACAAAGUACACAGGAGAGACACCUGUGACAUAUACAUUAUUUUGGAUACACAAUUCUGGGAAUAUUAUUGUCAACACCAAAAGGCCUAAAUCUACCGAAACAACUACCUGGGUGGGUGAACAAACGUGGAGUAACUGGGCUCUGAGAUAUAAUGGAUAUUGUUUGCCAAAUGGAUUGUACCUGAAGUCGGAGAGAAGGUUGUCAACGGAACUACCAGCCAGGACUCCAUUUUGGAGAAAAGGCAGCUGAUCACCAUGGAGCCCCCCGGAGGACUCCCAGUGCCCGUUGAUGUUCUGGGAGAGAAUGAAGCGCUGCAGCAGUUCUUUGACGGAUGCCAGGAUAUGAGUGGGGUCCUGGAGAGUGCUGUGGUGGACACCAGCAUACUGGAACAGUACCUCAGCAACGACAUGGACCCAACAUUCAUGUUACCAGAGUCACCACCAGAUUCUGGUUCAGAACCGUGUUCACCUCCGCAAAUACCAGACGUGAGCUACGGCUACCAGGAAGUGUUCCAGACAGUGACACGUCCUCCAGCCUCACUGUGCCGAUAUAAAGAGCUGGCACCACAACCCCCCACCACCCAGGACUGCCAUACCACCAGGGGCUGA